AUGAUUGGACAAUCCGCGGAGGAGAUCACCCAGCAUCCACAAUGGAAGGAAGGUGACUUUGAGAUCGUCUCCAGCGAUGGUGUCAGGUUCUGUGUGCCUUCACUUACCCUCCUGUUGAUCUCAGAGGUCUUCCGCCACAUGAUCGAGACCGGCUCCGGCAUAAAAAACAUCCAGAUUGACGAGACGGCAGCGACCAUCGAGAUGUUUCUGGAGUUCGUGUCGACUGGAAAGGUCACCUUCAUCCCGAAGGCGGGACCGUUAUGCUACGACCGGCCGCUGAACUUGGUGCACUUCGUGAACAAGCACGAUUGCGAGGUUACGCUGCAGCACCUCAAGAACUACGCCCACGUGCCCGUCACCGGGAAGGACAACAACUAUAUGCGCAUGCUGCUCGCGAUGCACCUGAACCAACCCCGAGUGGUGGCCGAACUCAUCCAGGACCGCCCCGGAAUGUUCAGCUGGCUUCACCCCAUUGAACACCGGAGACCGGUCGACAGGCUGUCGAGCCAGUUGUCCUUCGACAUCUUCCAGCGCAUCCCCCACCAAUACCUGUGGGCGCUGACAGCUGCGGGCUUGCACCUGCACGACCAGCGAGAUCCUGCCUACGCCAAUGACCGUGCGCCCGCAGAGCGCUUCCUGUGGUUUAUGCGGGAGUGUCUGUUUGUCGAGUGA